AUGUUCUCUACUGCGCGUGCAAGAGGACUGGAGAGGGCCGUCGCCUCUCCAAUAUCCAUCUCUCUACCUUCAUUCCUCCUCCCUGCCUUUCCCGUCGUUCCCUCCAGAUCCUUUUCUGCGUCAGCGAACCGACCUUCACAAAUUGGACGAGCACCUUUGUCCAUACCCCCCGAAGUAUCCUUCACAAUCCUCCAGCCAGAUGCGCCCAAGAAUGGCCGGGCAUUGGCGCAAUCAACUGUCGAAAUCAAAGGUCCAUUGGGCAAGCUGUCGAUGACAGUGCCGCCCUUUGUCAAGCUUGAGCACGACGAAGCUUCACGGAAGGCAUAUGUGACUGUCGAAGAUAAGGAGGCAAAGAAGCAACGGGAGAUGUGGGGAACUGUUCGCGCAUAUCUCCAAAACCACAUACUGGGGGUAUCAGAAGGACACACAGCAAUUCUCAGAUUAGUAGGAGUUGGGUACAGAGCGACAGUCGAAAAUACUGCUACCACAGUGGCCCCCGAAUUCGAAGGCCAACAGUUUGUUGUGCUUAAAGUUGGAUAUUCUCAUCCCAUCGAGCUACCGGUCCCGAAAGGCGUCAAGGUGACCAUACCACAGCCAACGCGUAUUUUGCUAGAGGGUCCAGAUAAGCAUGUUGUUCUACAGUUUGCGGCGCAUAUCCGGAGAUGGAGAGUACCGGAACCGUAUAAAGGAAAGGGGAUUUUUGUGAACGGCGAAACCAUCAAGCUGAAGGCCAAGAAGAUCAAAUAG